AUGAUGGGCCUACUCAGUCGAAGUUUGUCCGACAUGCUCUUCUCUUCGCCUAUAAAGACCGACCACCCCCCCAACGAUCAACCAGACGAAUAUAGGGACCUCGACUUUGAUAUUUACGAAUACGACGAGAAGCAAGAUACGAAAUACAAUUCGGUUAAGAGGAAACAGUCCACGGCUGCCAGCUUCCUUAACUUUAAUUCAUACGAUUGGGCCUUUUCCUUUCGCGAAUCAGCCAAGUCCGAUCAAAAAGUCGUCCUCCAAGUCUCUGUCGAACGAAGACCCAAAGAACCUAUUGCCCAAUCCUACGAAACUUGCUGCCUCCCCGUAACUCCUCCUAUUUCUCCAAAUCAUACCGGCUCAAUGACUCUCCUUCGUGGCAGCAGCACUGCUAGUGCACAACAUAAGACCCCUACCUUUACCGAAACGCAAGACUUGAUCUCUGAGGAAGAGCAAAACAUGAUCAUGGCGGCUAUCAUUGCUUCGCAAUGCGAUGACUUUGAGCGUCAGAUCCCACGCCACGUUCGCGAGGAGAUGGAACACGCUGCCUAUAUUGCUGCUUUGGAGGAAUCCAAAGAAUUAGCUUCUGCAUCUGAAAAACGUUCGGCAUCUCCCACACCUGCACCCGCAGUCGCUACACCACCCGCAACACCCCUGAGAUCGUCGACCUUCACCGCCACUGCUCCCUCACGUGGGUUCCAAGCUCCAGCUCCACCAACACCUACAUCACCACCACUCAGGCGAACCCUCGUCAGGAGUCAAACUGACAUUCCAUGGACAAGCUCGAAGGGUGAACAGGUCGAGGGAGAGAGCGAGAAGCAAGCUAAAUUCAGGGAACUCCUACAAUUCCACGCCAUCGCUGCCGCAUCUAUCGCGAAUGCUUCAGCCAGGACUGGUAUCUCGAACAUCUCAGGAAACGGAGAUGCAACAGAUUAUGACUGGGUUGGCUAA